GUGACUAUCAGAAGAUAUGCUCCAACAAAACUUCAAACGGCUGCCCAACUUGCUUGAAAACCUACCCUUCAUGCAUUAAUAAGCCAAAUGGGGCGGUCUUGUCAAAUGAGAGCUUCUCUAACACAGUGGUUUACUGCGUAAAUGGACGUGCAGUAAAUGUAACAACAUGCGCCAUUGGUCAAUUUUAUGACCAUAUUCAGCGCAUUUGCACCAGUGUUCUAAAUAAUGACAUUGUCAGAUUUGCAUGCAAACAGAGGCCAAAUCAGCUCUUGCCACACCCCAUCCAUUGUGCCAGGUAUAUCAGAUGUUUGCCCUCAAACAAUAUUGGAAGCUCCGGUAACAUCAGCUUCACUAUAGGCGAGUGUCCAUAUCCCCUACUAUUCAGCGAUGGUUUGUGUCGGAACUAUACAAGUGCUAAAUGUGGACACAGGAGAGAACCCAUAACACCAUGUGAAUACGAAGAACUGAGAAAAUGCCCCAGAAAUGGAAGUCAGUGCCUCGAGGACUCCUCCAACACCUGUCCAGACAAACAUGAGUAUACCUGCACUCCCUGUGAGCAACGAUACCCAACCUGCAUUGGCAGCCCUAAUGGCUUUGUGCCUUACCCCAAUCGUCUCUUCACUUCAGACUUUGUCAGCUGUGAUCAACAGAGGACAUUGUCGAUACUCAAGUGUGCCCAGUCCAUCUUUGAUCCUGAUGCCAGACGCUGUGGCUUACGUUUGGAUACAGUGAUUACAGAAGCACAAAGAAACACCGUCAACUUCUGUAAGAAGUACCCCAGAGCUAUGAUCCCGCAUGCAACCCACUGCGCCCGCUUCUACAACUGUUCUGCUCCUGCCGAUGAAGGAAUCAGCGGCGUAUCUCAUCUACAGGAGUGUGCUCACCCCCAGCUCUUCAACAGUGACUUGAGAGUGUGUCAGAACUUCAUCGAGGUGCUCAACACUGCAGGCUGCGGGAAGAAGUUUCAACCCAAACAUUACUGUGAUUACACAUCCAUCUGCCCAAGCCAACGCUUUCCAACUUGCACCGACUGCAGAAAAAUCUUACCAAGCUGCGAAAGACAGGUCAACGGAAUUCACGGCAACCCGCCCGGCAAGGGAACGACCAAAGGGUUCAUGUACUGCGUGGAGGGUCGGGUACUGGCCACGUCGCUGUGUGCAGCUGGGUCAGUGUUCCAAGAGUCAGUCCGAGCGUGUGUAUCGAGGUCGACAAUUGCUAGACAAGAAAGCGGUUAA